AGAACGUGUUCGCUGUCUAAAGUGUUCGAGCUCUUGAAUCUUCGCGGUGGCAAUCACAUCCACAAUGCACCAUUGUUGCGACUGCACAUUGCUCCAGUAAUGCGAGUACUUUUCAUUGUGCUCGCUUUCCUUGCAACUGCUUCCUGUCUCUGUAAAAUUGGUGGAAAGGACCGCAGUGAGAAUGAAAAAUGGACCAAUGACAACUUCAUGGUACAAUGCCAGAGGACAAAAAAGGGCUGGAAAGCAAAAGUUAUAGGAUGUGUGGUAGAUUCCCAUGAGAUCCCCGUUGGUGGCAAGCUAUUACUUGGAAAAACAGCUUACCUAUGCGAAAAGUCAAAGGAAGGGGUGGUAUUGCGUUAUCUUUGGUACUAAUCAAAGAGCAAUCCUCAAUAAAUAUUUCCACUUUUA